AUGGCGUUCAAUCAGCAACUCAACUUCGAUAACUCCCAACUUCACUUCCCCGCUUCCCUCUCUCCUAUGGAAAGCACUCCACUUCCUUCGAUCAACUCCCGCCGCCUCUCCCACGAUCAAGAAAACACCAUCAUCGUCGCCGCCCUCGUCCACGUCCUCUCCGGCGAACCCCAAGAGACCGCCCCUGCAAUCUACUUCCCCCUCGCCGCCGACCUUCCUCGCUGCCAAGUCUGCGGAAUCGGCAGCGACGGUUGCCUCGGCUGCCAUUUCUUCGAAUCAUCACCUGCCGACAAUGCCGAGGGAAGCGGAAUCCGACGACGGAUCCGCCGUCGGAAGAAGAAGAAUCAGUAUCGCGGUGUGCGACAAAGGCCGUGGGGUAAAUGGGCGGCGGAGAUUCACGAUCCGCGGCGAGCUGUUCGCAAGUGGUUGGGGACGUUCGAAACCGCCGAGGAGGCGGCGCGUGCUUACGAUAACGCGGCAAUCGAGUUCCGCGGCGCACGGGCUAAACUCAAUUUCCCUUUUCCCGAUCAAAUUUCGACCGGACCGCAAAGCUCGGCGGCGGCGGAGGCGGCCGAUUCCUCGCUGGCGACGGCGGUGUCGCGGGGCAGUGGAGAGGAGAUGGGCGGAUUGUAG